UUAUCUUUAUCUACAGUUAAGUUAUCGAAUUACCACAUGUCGACAACAGCUGCUGCUGCUAGAGCUAGAAUGCUAUUGCUUUGAAAACAGAACUCUCGCAGAAACCUGUGCGGCUGUGCGAUAUUUCGAAGUGUUCGUAAACGUAAACCGAGAGUGUUCAUUUCUUAAACUAGGGUACUGUUACUUAAACGUUCGUUUUGACGCGAUAAAAUUUGAUUAUUCGAAUAAAAAAAAUGGUGUGACUGUUCUUGGAAGUGUAUUGUUUACGUUGUGCCGGUUUCGGUUGCCGGAUAAUUUGUGAUUUGGAUGACGUUUUACGACGUAUAAAGGCUUAUUUUGUUCGGAAGGUGAAGCUGCGAGUGUUUAAGAGUAAAUUUCUUAUAACGGAUUCGUGCUUAAGCUAAAGUAAUUAUAUCGAGCAAAUAAAUUUUACCAACUCCCAAUCUGUUCUCAUUAAUCAAAGAGCUAACCCAUGUACUGGAUAGCUUCGCAGGCUACGUUUUAGUGUUAUCAGUUACCACUCCUCUUUCGCCAGCGCUGUCGGCGCUGUUUUGUAUUGCUGUUGAUCAAGUUGCAUACCUGUUGCAAGUCAGACUCUCAGACAUCCGAUACUUGCGAAUAAAAUGAUGACGGAGCAACUCUGCGAAGAAAGUGACCAAAUAAUGGUGCAGACUCUGCAGACCCAGACCCAGACCGCGGCCGCGGACGCGGAGCUGGAGGUGCCCAGCCGUAAAAGGAAAACGAGUACGUCGAGUAUCUGCAGUUCCUCCAAAGCGAUAGCGAUGGAUAACGACGAAGACUUGGCCGUCAAGAUAUCGCGGCUGCUCGAUUUAAAAUUACAUCCCGUCAUAUCUCGACUGGAUGAAAUUGCUUCGAUGGUCGAACGUCAGGCUGAAAAUUUGGCCUCUCUCACUGAUCGUGUUGGACGCAUCGAAGACGAUAUCGUAAGUGCAGCUGGUGCAAAUAAAACCAACGAAGUCGAGCUGCUUCAAAAACAGCUGACAUUUUUCGCUAGUCCGAUGCAUACGCAUACGCCCGAUACGGAUAUUCCUAAGGAUGAGACAGUUUGGCGUGGAAUGUUGGAAUGGAACGAUAAAGUAGUUUAUUGCGAUGCUACUUGGGAUCCGAAAAAUGGUGAUCCAGAAGUUAAAUUUGACGAUUGGCCGACGAAAUUGGUGAUGCAGGUUUUACCCAAAACGUUGAUAAGUAGCGUGGGUGCAUCUUACAUGAAAAAUGCCACCUCUAUGGUAUUCUAUCCCACUCCUAGCGCAGCUUCAGAUGUAGUCGCCAAAAAAAUGACUAGUGGUUUUGCCGGUUGCAUUACGUUGAAAAAUUCGAAUACUCCGGAUUGCAAUUUAAAAGUGCUGAUUUUAACGUUUUCGCCGAGUAAAAACGUAUACCUCGGUUUCAUCCCGCACGAUCAGUCGACAUUUGUAAAACGACUUCGCAGCCUGAUUCAGCAGCGUAAAAAUGAUCAGAAGAUGGGAAAAAUUCCGGCUAGUCCCCUAGGAUCCAGCAGUACGCCCGUAUCACAAACUCCGAGUCGAUCUAAUAACCUGGCGACCGAGAUGAAAUUAACACGCCGAGAUAAUUUGAACAUCAUUCACCAACUCAAGCAAUCAUUGGCCGCUGCUCAACGAAAAGAGUUGCAAUAUCAGCGAACUCCCCGAUUUAAGGUGAAGCUUCGCCGGCCAUCCGCUGUGGGAAGAUCUCAUACGGUGAACGUGCCAAGCCACCAGCAGCAUCCUCAACCUCAACAGGUUCGAAAUAUUCGCUCAGAUGCUGCGCAAACUGCUACACAAUUCGAUGAUGAAGAAGAUGUUAAAUUUUUCGUGUAAUUGACGAGAAUUUAAACUCGUAGAAGGAUAUUAUUUUUGUUUUGGUUUCUCGCGCAGAGAGUUGUCAUUUUAUUAUUUACCUAAGUACCAUUUUUUGUUACGUUUUUAUAUUGUAAUUCUACGUGCACCGAAGGUGUAUAAGUUGCUUUCAAUACAUCAAUUCGUAUCUAU